AUGGGAGAAGGGAGUGGGGGACUCGAGCAUAGUCCGGCUGACCUCUCCACGAAUGGUCCAUCCAACCUUGCAACGAAUGGUCCAUUCAACUUUGCAACGAAUGGUCCAUUCAACCUUGCAGCGAAUGGUCAAUCAAAUGGUACAUCCAACCUUGCAACAAAUGGUGCAUCAAAUGGUCCAUUCAACCUUGCAACGAAUGGUCCAUCAAAUGGUUCAUUCAACCUUUGCAACGAAUGGUCCAUUCAACAUUGGGUCCAAAGUCGAGAGACUUCGACAUAUAACAACUGGAACCCUAGGGGCGAUACAAGGUCCGACCUCACCUAUCGUCAAACGGAAGAGCUUUUGGGUCCAAUGUCGAAUGACUUCGACCUAAAGCCGCUAACGCCAAAGGGGCGAUACGAGGUCCAACCUCACCUAUCACCAAACAGAAGAGCUUUUGGGUCCAAAGUCGAAGGACUUCGACCUGAAACCACUAACACCAAAGGGGCGAUACGUGUUCCGACCUCACCUAUCACCGAACGGAAGGUUUGGUUUGAUUAG